AUGGAACCCAGAACCUGUUUAGAUGCAGGAACAUGGGGAGCAAUGGGUGUUGGUUUAGGGUAUUGUAUCGCAGCAGCAAUAGCUUCGCCUGAUCGGCUUGUGGUUGCUGUUGAAGGUGAUUAUGGGUUCGGAUUCAGUGCCAUGGAAGUCGAGGUUGAGAAGAAGGGGCAGAGAAUGAGAUGGCCACCUGCAGAUCUAAAACGGAAAUAG